AUGCCGGAGUUUCUGCAAGACCCGACCGUUCUCACCAAAGACAAGCUGAAAACUGAGCUGGUGGCCAACAACGUGACUCUGCCGGCCGGGGAGCAGAAAAAAGAUGUCUACGUGCAGCUCUAUCUACAGCACCUGACCGCCCGCAACCGUGGCACCCCCGACUUCUCCAGCGACGAAGAGAGGGAGGCCACCCCGGUGCGGGGCAGAGGGCGCCCGCCUGGACGGGUGAGUGACAUGGGGGGAAGAAGGCUUCACACUGACCUACGCCACCUCCUAGCCGUCCAUAACGCAGCGCGCGGUUACUUAUAG